GGGCGUGCUUCCCCUCUCUACUCCUCGAGUUGGCCAAGCAAGCAAUCGACAUGGCGGCGCAGACCUUGCACCUCCUCUCCACUCCCGCUCGCUCCCCUUCUCUCCCGACGAUCUCCUCCGCCAAGCCUGCGAUUUUCCCACUCCCCUCGCUCCGCUGCUCCCGACAUCGUCCCCUCUCCCUUCGCGCCUCCGCCGCCACCUCCUACCUUCCUGAUCUGGGCCUCGUCCCCUCCCACGGAGGCCCCGCAUCCAUCGAUGUCGACGCCAUCACCGAGGCGGAGCUCAGGGAGAACGGGUUCCGGAGCACGAGGCGGGUCAAGCUGGUCUGCACCAUCGGCCCCGCCACCUGCUCCGCUGACCAGAUCGAGGCGCUCGCCGUCGGAGGAAUGAAUGUGGCCAGGGUGAACAUGUGCUACGGCACCCGCGAGUGGCACCGCCAGGUCAUCCGAAAGAUCCGCCGCCUCAACGAGGAGAAGGGGUUCGCCGUGGCUGUGAUGGUGGACACCGAGGGGAGUGAGAUCCACAUGGGUGAUCUCGAUGGAGCCGCCUCUGUCAAGGCCGAGGACGGAGAGAUUUGGACAUUUAGUGUAAGAGCUUUUGAUGCACCACUUCCAGAAAGGACCAUCACUGUGAAUUAUGAUGGCUUUGCUGAAGAUGUUAGUGUUGGCGAUGAACUUCUUGUGGAUGGAGGAAUGGUUAGGUUUGAGGUGAUUGAAAAGAUUGGUCCAGAUGUAAAAUGCCGGUGCAAUGAUCCUGGAUUGUUGUUGCCACGUGCUAGUCUUACUUUUCGGAGGAAUGGAAGACUGGUCCAAGAACGUAAUGCAAUGCUUCCUACAAUUUCUUCUAAGGAUUGGCUUGAUAUUGACAGUGCAAUAUCUGAGGGUGUGGACUUCAUUGCAGUUUCCUUUGUCAAGUCUGCAGAUGUCAUAAAUCAUCUCAAGAGCUAUAUAGCUGCAAGAUGUCAUGACAAUGAAAUUGCGGUGAUCGCCAAGAUUGAGAGUUUUGAUUCGUUGAAAAAUCUAGAAGAGAUCAUCAGUGCGUCAGAUGGAACAAUGAUAGCCAGAGGAGACAUGGGUUCUCAAAUUCCUCUAGAAGAAGUCCCUUCAGCUCAGCAAAAAAUUGUUAAGUUGUGCCGUCAGCUUAACAAACCUGUAAUUGUAGCUUCUCAGCUUCUGGAAUCUAUGAUCGAGUAUCCAACACCAACUAGAGCUGAAGUUGCUGAUGUGUCAGAGGCAGUUAAACAGAGGGCAGAUGCUCUGAUGCUCUCAGGUGAGUCAGCUAUGGGCCAGUAUCCAGAUAAGGCAUUAACUGUGCUUAGAAGUGUAAGCCUGCGCAUUGAAAGAUGGUGGAGAGAAGAGAAGCAACGUGAGGGGAUUGACCUUCCAGAUAUUUCAUCUUCGUUUUGUGAUAAAGUUUCAGAGAAUAUAUGUAGUUCAGCUGUCACAAUGGCUAACAACUUGGGAGUUGAUGCACUCUUCCUCUUUACAAGGAAUGGCGAAAUGGCCUCACUGAUUUCACGGUGUCGUCCUGAUUGUCCAGUGUUUGCAUUUACACCUUCAGCAUCAGUUAGACGACGACUGAAUCUUCAGUGGGGUCUGAUUCCAUUUCGUCUUAGUUUCUCGUACGACAUGGAGAACAAUCUAAGUCGCACUUUUUCUUUGCUCAAGGCCAGAGGAAUGAUCCAACCUGGUGAUUUGAUCAUUGCACUGUCAGAUACAUUGCAGACUAUUCAAGUGAUGAAUGUGCCGUAGGAAGAAAUUCUCUUUGAUUUUUUUUUCCGACUAUUUAUCACCAGAGGCAGAUUACUACAAGCGAAGUGCAGAAUUCAUGAGUUUUUAAUUUUGUACCUUUUUCCAGUCUAUCAUGUGAACUAAUUUACUAAUUCUCUUUCUCUGCAAUUUGUCUAGUUUUCAUUUCCUUCU